GGUGCUGCAGGGCGCGGUGGGCGGUUUCGUGAAAAUAAUUUUCAAAUUUUAUCCAGUUGUAGUGUGCCGACUGCCGUGAUAUACAUUGUACGAGAGUUGAAAACUUAACUUCAGAUCUUCUGGACAUACGCACUUCAACAAUCUGCGUUAACUAAGCCACUGUAACUGGCACAGUAGCCGAGUCCAUUCACAAUGGCCGAACCGUCAGUGAAGGUGGGCCAGCGCGUACAGACCAAAGACUGCGUCGGCACCGUGGCCUACGUGGGCACCGCUCAGUUCGCCGCCGGAAAAUGGGUCGGAGUCGUGCUCGACGAGCCCAAGGGCAAGAACAACGGCACCGUCCAGGGAAAGACGUACUUUCAGUGUGAAGACAACCAUGGUGUGUUCGUGCGCCAAACGCAGCUCACCAUUCUGGACGGAGGCGGCUCUGCACCCGGCUCUAAAUCCGCCACCCCGGUACCGGAAAAACCGAAAAGUCGCCCGGCGUCUCGUCUGUCGUCGGGCGGCUCGGCGUCGGUGGGCGGCGGCCUGUCGCGGCUGCCGCGCCUCUCCAUGGCGGCGCCCAGCUCGGCGGCCACCCCGGGCCGGCCGGCCGCGGCCGCAGCCAUGCCCCGCUCGCGGUCCGGCGACAGCGUCAACAAGCUACCGACGCCGGGCUCAACGGGCCGCCUCUCGGGCCAUGCCUCCCCGCGCGAGCCGACCAAAAUCAGCCCCAAGGGGCGCAACAUGCCCACCAAGAAGGCAUCCUCCACGCUGGAGAUCUCGCCAAAGAAGGAGCGAAGUGCCACCGGCUCGACGCAGGACCUUACCGCUAACAAGAGGGCCUCAUUUGUCGAGACUGGUUUCGUGGAGAGCGCCGCGCCCGUGACACCCAGCCCGGCGGCAGCGGCUCCGGCCGGACCGUCAGCCGCCGACCAGCAGCGAGAGAUCGACAACCUCCGGGACGAGGUCAAAGACCUCAACGAGAAACUCGAAACACUUAAAACCAAGCGCGCCCAGGACCGCGACAAGCUCAAGGAGCUGGACAAGAUGCGCAUUCAGCUGGAGCAGCUGCAGGAGUUCAAGGCGCGCAUGCUGGAGCAGCAGGCGCAGCUGCAGAAGGAGCUUAAAAAGGCCAAGGAGGAGCGUCAGGAGGCGAUCGAGGAGCGCCAGCGGAUCCAGGAGGAGACCUCGGACGUCCAGGAGACGCUGGAGAUGGCCGCGCUCGACAAGGAGAUGGCGGACGAGAAGGCUGAGACGCUGCAGCUGGAGCUCGACCAGGCCAACGAGCGGAUCGAGGAGCUGCGACUGGACCUGCAGAUUCUGCAGGAGGAGGUGCAACAGAAGGGCGACAGCGGCGAGGCGGCCGCCACCAGCUUCCAGGUGAAGCAGCUCACGCAGCAGAACGAGCGGCUCAAGGAGACACUCAUCAGGAUGCGGGACGUAGCCGCGCACGACAAACACGAGCUGCAGCGCACCCAGAAGGAGAUGGAGACGCUGAAGACGAGUCUGACCGAGCUGGGACGCGAGAGGGACAAGUUCCGGGCCCGCUCGGAGGAGAUGGAGGCCAGCAUCGCCGAUCUGCAGGAACAGGUGGACGCGGCGCUCGGUGCCGAGGAGAUGGUCGAACACCUCUCUCAGCGGAACCUCGCUCAGGAGGACAAGAUUCAGGAGCUGCAGGAGUCGGUCGAAACCCUGGAGGCGCUGCAUGACAUGAACGAGGAGAUCGCCGAGAACUUUAGAGAGACUGAGCUGGAACUGAAGCAGGAGCUGGACAUGCAGACGGGACAGAUGAGACAGACUGAGCGGAAUCUGGACGCCGCCAACGAGGUAAUCGCCGAUCACCUGGCCACCAUCGGCAAGUUCCGGGAGCUGGUACAGCGACUGCAGGAUCAGAACACCGAGCUGCGGGAUCAGCUGGAGAAGGAGACCAACAAGCCAGUCGGCGUGCCGGCAGAGAAGAUCGACUUCAAGAAAAUGUUUGCUGAGACGAAGGCGCACGCCAAGGCGAUCGAAAUGGACCUGCGUAAGAUCGAGGUGCAGCAGUCGAACCGGCACGUGGAGCUGCUGGCCAAGUUCCUGCCCGAUUCGUUCCUGGCCAGGGGAGGCGACCACGACGCCGUGCUGGUACUUCUGCUAGUGCGCCGGCUGACGGUCAAGGCGGAGAUCCUGCUGGCCCAGCUGCGGGACCGCUUCCCGGCCCCUGCCACCAUCGACAAGACGGCCGUGCUCAAGACGCACACGGUGGAGCAGUACUGCUUCGGCGCGCGGCUCAUCCACCUGCUGCUGGCUCUACAGAUGAGUCUGGACCAGUACCGUCACGCUUUGGACACGGUCGAUGUAGAAACACUGCUGAAGGUCGGCACUCUCUACCCGGAGAUGGCCGCGCAGGAGAGGGGAGUCGACUUCUACAUCGAGCUCCUCCGACAGGAUCAGCUGGGUGAAAACGUUGGCCUGGAGAACAUGGAACGCGUGCUGAACUAUUUCACCAGCCUUUACCCGAACCACCUGGCAUCAGCUGGCACCGACCACUACAGCCAUCUGCUGGCCUCCGCCAAAACCAUGAGUUCCGCCUGCUCGUCGAUAGAGGCCGAGGCUCAGCGGCUCAAGGUGAUCUCGCAGGAGGGCGAGUCCCACACGCUGUUUGGGUGGCUGGCCGCCACUGCCGAGGCCUGUGGUCAGCUGGCAAAGAGGGUCCGACGCCGCCUACCCCAGGACGGAUCGGCCGAGAGGAUCUCCUAUCCCGACCAGGUGGGCGACUCGAUCGGAGACGUGCUGCGCCACCUGUACCGGGUGGGCUCCGUGCUGAGGGACGUCGGACGUGCCUCCACGCCGCUGCUGGCAGCGCUCACCGACGUGGAGUCGGGCCUGCCCUCGUCCAAGUGUAUGGAGGCGGUGGCGCGCAGCGUGGACCUGGUGUACGGCGCAGACGACCACGGCGCCGACUCCUUGCGCUCCUCGCUGACGGCUGUCUCCGAACAGCUGACCCGACUGGCCGACGCUCUGGAGAAGGGAGAGUACGACUUCGACGGCUCCGUGCCGGAGAAGCCGACACCGCCAGUGGAGCUGCGCCAGCGCGCCGUCAAGGCCGAGAUGCUCGAGGGUAGCGGCAUGAAGGCGCGCCUCAAGAACAGAGAGGAGGAGAUCAAGGAGCUCAAGCUGGCGCUGAAGAUGAAGGCGGAGGAGCUGAGCGAAGCCAACGUCAGGCGCGAAAUGGCCGAGAAGAAGCUGUCCGGAUCGGCGAAGGACGCGGAUCUUACCAUCGAGAAACUGCAGAGGAAGCUGGACGACGCCAACCAGCUGUUGCGCAGAAAGGAGCGCGAGUCGGAGGAAACGCUGAACCACCUGCAGACGGACCUCGAGUCACUGGAGUCUGAGCGGUCCGAGCUCAAAGAGAAACUCAAACUCAUCAAGAAGAAGGAGCUGCUGCAGGGGCUGACCCAGAGCACGCUGGGAUCAUCGCCUUCGUCGCCCGGCAGCGGUCCGGCCUCUCUACCGGCGCCGGCCGUGCGCGACUCGCCCAUGCUACUACAAGAGAUUGCCGCUCUGCAGCAGGUAGUCCGACGCCAGCGGGCGGAGAUCUGCAGCCUGGCCAGCGCCGAGACGCGCCGAAAACUGGAUGCCAUGCUGCCGCUCAAGGUACGGAGUGGUGAGGGGAGAAUGAGGAUCGGUGAAAUAGCGGACGGAACGUGCUGA